AUGCGCAUCGCGCUCUUCCUCCUUCCCCUGGCGCUCGCCAGCAUCCCGCCCAACCACCCCGCUAGGCGUCACCACGCCAAGCUCAUCGCACGCCAGAACGGCACCGACACGGACACGGACACGGACACGGGCGUGGGCCCCAGCAGCGUCACUCCUUCCCCUUCGGCUCCGCCCACCUCCUCCGCCGCCCCCACCCCUUCUGAGACCCCCUCGGCGUCGUCGAUCCGGACGAGCAAUACGGCCGCGCCUUCUUCAGAGCGCCCUAACCCGACUUCUGCCGUCGAUGACACGUCAAGCGCUGACGCCUCAUCCGUCGUUGCUUCCUCCGCGCUCACUUCUGAACCCUCGGCCGCUUCGUCCGCCAGAACUUCUGCCACUUUGGUCACUGAGUCGGAUAUCGGUACCUCGCAGACUGAAACGCUUGCCCCCUCUUCCAAGGGCCAAACCGCCGCCAGCAGGACCGUCGUCAAGACGUCGACAGCCAAGGCCUCCGCCACUUCGGGCGCUGCCAAGGAGGAGGAGGAGGAGUCUGGGGGCUUGCCAAAGGGCGCACUGAUCGCUAUCAUUGUCUGUUCAGUCGUCAUCGGUGUUGGUGGUAUCGCGUGGACUCUGUUCCGGAAGUGGAAGCUCAAGCCCAGCAAGGGCUUCGACCAGCGCAUGCAGCCCAUCGACUUUAGACCCGGCACGGACAUGGGCGACGACUUUUUCGAGAAGACCAUGGCGCGCGACGCCGACGCCGAGCGUCAACGGCAGCAGUUCUGCAUCGAGCUCGACAACGAUUCGCAAAAGGACGCGACGCUCGUCGGUGACAUUCAGCACGACUUCACUGCUGGCCCGGCCACCAACGGCUACGGCUACCAGCCAAGCCCCUACGGACAGGACUAUGACUUCUCUGCGCCGCGCAACGACUGGGACGCGGGUGCGACGGGAUACCCGCCCCAGCCGGGCGCGUACUACAGCGAGUACCCGACGCAGGACAGCCCUGACCAGCACUCUACGCACGGACACGGCAGCUACGUCGACCACAGCCAGCAUGGUCAGGCUGGAGGGUAUGCGGACCUGCAGCGUGGUUCGAGCGUCGGUCACGCACCCGCACCUGCGCCCGCGGCUCUAGACUUUGGUGCCGACUUUGCAGUUUCUGGCCGCCCCACCGACUCGUCUGCUGGACCCGCAAGCCCGUACGCUCAGGCGGCGACGUACCGGUACUGA